CUGACUUUCUCUUAUUGUUUUUCUAGAGGUGUCUGUCUGAAGACAUUUCUCUAUUUCAAUCGUUCAUUUGAAACUUUCUUCACUCGCAUCUCGACGUUGAACUGAAAAAGAACUGAGAAGGACUGUUGUGUUAAUACGUCACACUUGAUAUUCUUUUAAGAACUUUGAAACACAAAAUGAUGGAUUGUGUCUGUAAGGCUGAUGCAAAGCAAAUUGUCAACGUUGAAUUGUCAGCUGACACUGAAAGCCAUAUAACAGCACCUGUACUCACUUCUAAUAUAAUAACAGGCAAUAUUAACAUCAUACAUAAUGCUUCUGGUAUCACUGAGUAUCACCCGGACUCUGGGCAAAUACAGCCAUCAGGAAUAAACACAGUGAUUCAUCAAUAUAAAAGACAGAUUUGCACUGAGUACCAGCAUGUUAUGGAGUAUAACUCACUGCCCGGUGAACACGUGCUGCUGUGUCAGCGCUACAUUGAACCUUUGAUCAUUCGGAGAUAUAGAGAUCGAAAAGAAAGGGAGAAGGAGAUCUGCUCUAGAGGAGAGAGUUUCCAGGAUGUUCUCAGCUCCAGGAGCAGUAAUGAAUCUGUCCUGAACUCUCUGUUUGACCCAGAUGGCCGUGGAAUCACUCCUGGUGCUGUCAUACUGCAGGGAAACUCUGGCAACGGGAAAUCUUUUGCUGUGCAGAAGAUCAUGUUGGACUGGGCAUCUGGUAACCUCUACAGAAAGGAAUUUGAGAUUGUGUUUCACCUGAAGUGUAAAGAAAUCAACUGCAUUCCUGACACAAAGAGUUUGGUGGAGCUCUUGAGCUGGAGUUGCGGUUUAACUUCACAUCAGAUCUCACUGAUGUUACAGAAGUCACCGGAGAGAGUGAUGUUCAUUAUUGAUGGGUUUGAUGAACUUAGACUCACAGAGGAGAUUUAUAGCAUGACACCACCCACAGAUCCACACCAGAGAUGUUCACCUGAGCUCAUUCUUUGUGCCCUGCUGAAGGGACACGUCCAGCCACAGUCUUUCCUCUUGGUCACCACCAGAUCUACAGCUACAGACACACUAACCAAGAUGCUCAAAACACCUUACAGUUUUACUGAGAUAAUGGGCUUCUCUGAAAGAGGGGUGGAGGAAUAUUUCCAGAAGUUCUUUCAGGAUGGUGAACUCUUCAGAAAGGCUUAUAAGUUUGUUAAAGCAAAUGAAACCCUGUUCACUGCCUGUUCAAUUCCUGUUAUCUGCUGGAUCAUCUGCACAGUUAUCAGAGAAAGAUUCCAUGAUGGUUCAGAUGUAAUAAGUGGAUUAGAAACGACCACGUCAAUAUAUGUUGACUUUGUGUUCACUCUACUGGAGAAUCACUGUCAGGGUUUGAAUGAGUCUGUACCGACCCUGCUGAAGAGUCUGGGUCGGCUGGCAGAGAGAGGGAUGAUGAAACAACAAGUUAUGUUUGAUGCACAGACUGUCUAUAGAUUAGUGCGAGACGCUGCCCACAGUCCGUUUCUGUGCAAGUUCCUCUUCAAAAAAAGAAUUUGCCAAGAGACGGUGUUCAGCUUCAUGCAUCUAAGCUUUCAGGAGUUCUUUACUGCUCUGUACUAUCUCAUUCUGGACAAAGACCGGUCCACAAGGAAACUUACCAAGAUAUGUUCCCAUAAUGAGAAUCCAAGUUAUUAUAGUCCACCACGUUUUGCAGAUGUGGUGAAGUAUGCUUUUGGUCUGUUAAAUAAGGACUUGCGAUGCACACUUAGGAAACAUGGUGUGUUUGUUCAUCGAACAACAGUCUCACUUCUGAAAACAUGGCUCCUGAAUGAGAUUAAAUACGGCCUUGCUGAUCGAUCUCCAUUUUUUCUUAACUGUCUCUAUGAACUUCAUGAAAAGAGCUUUGUGGAAGAAGCUAUGAAUGUCUGGGAUAAGAUUGACGUGUAUGGUGCAUUCUUAAGACGAACAGACUGCUGGGCACUGGUGUACUGCGCUCAGUGCUGCCACAGCAUCAAAGAAAUUAUUCUUGUUGAUUGUAGAUUGACAGCUGAAAAAUUGUCUAUGAUUCUGCCUGCACUUCACAAGUUUGAGAAAUUAUGGUUGACUCCAGAAGACCCAACAGACUCUGAUCUUGUUGAUCUGAUGUGCGCUCUUACAGAAACCCAGACCCUAAGCUCACAGUGUGUUGAUGUUGAGCCCAGAACAUAUGGUGAUUCAGAUGGGGGAAUUUGGUCUGUCCAUUCACUUCAGUUGUCAAUCAGUGAUGAACUUUCCAGUAUCCGAUUACAGUUUCCAUGGUACAGAAAAAGUUGUGCAGCACGAUCACUCUGUUUCACUCUGCCACGGUCAGAACCUAUCGACUGGACAAACCUUUUUCAGAUACUUCAACAAAUCGAUUUGGAUGCGUUGACGUCAGUCAUCUAUUCUCUUUCUAAACUGAAAAAGGUGGAACUGUCUGUAGACUGCCUGAAUGAAAGCUUGUCUGUUUGGACCCUCUCCGUCAGCAAGAAUUGCUCCAGUCUAACAGAACUCAAGAUCGAUGCAUAUUACCUCCUGGAAGAGGGAAUCAAGAUCUUGCGAAGGUCACACACAAAGCCAAAUUGCAUUCUGACCUAUAAAGGGUUAAGAUGCAAGAAGAAGUCUCAUAAAUGCACACUUUAUCAAGAGCGUGAACUAAACUGCAACCAGAUGGUGACAGUUCAUGUGGAUUGUCAGGGCUUUUCUGAGGAAACUUUGCGAAAGCCCUUGUUUUGGGACUAAUAACAAUGAACUACUGAGGGGACAGGAGUUCUAGAGCUGUGGAUAAAUGGAGAUACAUACAAAGUGCAGUUUGAUGUUGUGUUUUGUUGUAAUAGUAUAUGUAUAGUAAAUGUAUAGAUUAAUGCAAUGUUAAGUCGCUUUGGAUAAAAGCGUCUGCCAAAUGCAUGAAUGUAAAUGUAAAUAUUAAAACAUGACAAUCUUGAAAGUUUUUUUUUAACCAAAUGUGUGCUCUCUUCAAUACAGCCAUUGGUAGAAAACAACCAAUUGUUAUUUUUUGUAGCAGAUAACUCAAUGCUUUGUUUUGAGAUUUAAUUGUUCCUUUUUUCUUUAUGCAUCAUGUACUGAUUUAUUAUAGGACCAAGAGUCAUUUUAUUUCUCUAUCAUCCGCUGGGGGCGCUGCACUGCCGAUAAACACAACAAUUUAGUUGUAAUUCUGACAAAAAGUCAAGGUUUUGCUCGAAAAGACCUUCCUCAGCUUGUCUGGGACUAGUCUUAAGCCUUUUCUGUGAAACUGAGCAAUUAAUAUUUACAGUUACGUCUUAUUUGAUAAUUGUCAUGUUUAUUUUAAUACAAAAAAGGGCUGAGAAGUACUGUUGUGUUAGUACGCCACAAUUGAUAUUAUUUUAAAAACUUUGCACCACAAAAGCAUCCUGGUGUGGUGAGGAAGGCAGAACGAGAGUCGUGGAGCAGGGCCGGUGGCGUGAGUGAUAGUUAGAAUCAGCCUUGCACACACCAGUCCCGCAUAUCUGGAGAUGUGGAGAUGGUGGUCUAGUGGGUUAAACCACUGAACUGGUAAAUAAAAAGGUUGCUGGUUCGAUCCCAGCAGCCACCACCAGUGUGUCCUUGAGCAAGACACUUUACUCCAUGUUGCUCCAGGGGGGUUGUCCCUGUAAUAAGUGCACUGUAAGUAGCUUUGGAUAAAAGCAU